CACCCAUAGUCAAAGGUUUGAGUCAAAAAGAGAUAAAGAGAAAGAAAUAGGAAGCAAAGAGCAUAUUGUAGAUCAGGCUGUACAGUGCGUGAGCGCCCAAAAGGAACACAGCCAGAAAGUAUAUGCGUUUGAUGCACAUGCGUGCAAAGGGGACUCAUUUAACACACUUAUCAAAUGUCUGGUUUUGUCAAAUUACACGGUCACGAUCAGUGCCAUUCACAUCUAUUAAAGUAAAUUAGUAAAUUACUCUUCGACGCUAAUGUUGAAGUAGAACUGGUGCAGUUCUUCAACAUUCGACUGUCAGUUGACUGAGAAUCUGCGUCUCGAACGAUACGAGUUAACGAAGAGAGAAAAAACAGAGUGAUUAGACUCUAAUGUCAGAUAUCAGAGACACAAGAUGAAGCAACUGGGUGUAGCAGAAAUUAUGCUGAGAUUGUGCCUACUCAUCAUUCUAAUGACAGUUCAGAACAGCACAGCUGGUGUAGGACGCAAGGAUCAAUAUCAAAAUCUGAUAGGUAGCCAAGGCUUAUACAAUGCCAGCGAUGAUGUAAUGAUCCUUAACGCUACAAACUUCAGGACAACUAUAUAUGGUAGCACCAAGGGAUGGCUGGUCGAAUUCUAUAAUAGCUGGUGUGGUUUCUGUUAUAGAUUUGCACCUACUUGGAAAGCUUUGGCAAGUGAUAUUCUCUCUUGGAACGACAUCGUAGUAGUUGCCGCGAUAGAUUGCGCCAAUGACGAGAACAAUCCGAUCUGUCGCGAUUAUGAGAUUAUGCAUUAUCCGAUGUUGAAGUAUUUCUCCGUGAAUGCGCAUCCACCGUCUCUGGGUGUAGUAAUAGAGAAAGGAGACGGUAUUGAUUCAGUAAGACACAAUUUAGUUAGUAAACUUGAAACAGAACAGCAGGAAGGACGAGGAUCCACAUGGCCUAACAUUGCACCAUAUAGGAACGUCGAAAUAACAGACGUAUGGAAAACAGCUUCCAGUAACGUAAAGCAUUUCUUCCUAAUUUUCGAGGAAACAGAUUCCCAUUUAGGUACCGAAGUAAUUCUUGAUCUACACAGGAUCAACAGCUUGCAGAUACGCAGAGUGACCUCUGACAAUGAGUUGCUGUGCGUGACGAACAAGGUGACAAAAUUCCCGACUUUGAUAGGCUUUAGCCGUAACGAAUCGCACAGAGUAAUCAACGUUAGAAUACCGACGAGGCAAGGUGUUCGACGCGCCAUCAAGGAUUACGUGAUUGCGAGAGGAGUGAAUAUCUACGGGGCGAGUACAAUGACGACAACGACAACGACGAUGAUGACUACGACGACGUCAACGUCAACGACGUCGCGUGACGCGCAUCAAACAACAGUCGCAGUGACGAUCGAAAAAGCUCACGAAGGAGAACGACAAUCAACACCGAAGAAAAAGACAGAUGACCGUCUGUAUCAGCUCGAUUUGGAAAAUGCACUACGAUAUUCAAUCAAUCACGAGAUACCACUAAUAAAGUCGAUAGAAGACGAGAAAAUGGAGGCGUUACGAAGAUAUCUAGCGGUACUAGCAGCGUAUUUUCCUUUACAACGAAGCAAUAUGUAUCUGGAGGUAAUCCGUGACGUUAUCGAAAGCAAAAUCCGCGUAACCGGUGAAGAAUUCAGUCAGUUAGUGAAGACAACGGAAGAAGAGAUGUCGCCAGUAUAUUCGGCACCUCGUCGAUGGAUAGGGUGCAAAGGUAGUGCGAAUUCGUACAGAGGUUAUCCUUGCGGCUUGUGGACAAUGUUUCAUACGUUGACCGUGAACUUCGCGCUAGAAGAUAGGGAUAAGUCUCAAGCCUUCUUGCAGGAUAAUCCCGCGACAGUGCUGCGAGCGAUGCACGGCUACAUCAAGAUUUUCUUCGGAUGCGCCGACUGUGCCACUCACUUCGUGGAAAUGGCCGCGAGGAAUGGUAUAUUCGAUGUGCGUAGCAAAGACGAAAGUGUGCUCUGGCUAUGGCGAGCUCACAAUGAAGUGAAUGCACGGCUUUCGGGCGAUAACACGGAAGAUCCCGAGCACAAGAAAAUACAGUACCCUUCGAUUGAGCACUGCGUAAGCUGUAAAUUUGCUAAUGGUAGCUGGAACGAGGAGGAGGUGUUACGAUAUCUGAAGCGCAAAUAUAGCUAUAGCGGCAUUAAGUACGACGGGAUUGACAAUAGCGACAGUACCGAUGGUAUGAUCAAUGGCAAUGGGUCGAGAGUGAAGAGGCCGGAGAGACUCGCUAUGGAAGCCAAGCGUGCCACUUCCGGAGAGGGCCUGAAUGGAUUCGACAUCAGCAUCUGGCUAGUGUUGUAUGUUAUGUCGUCUGUAAUAUUCACGUUGGUAUGUUCAAGAGAGCUCAAAAGUUAUAAGAGGAGAAUGUGGGCACAGGAGGAAAGUUAUAAAAAGAAGAGAAGUCACAUAAAUCUGAUGACUGUGUGAUACUUCUCUUCUUUUUUUGCUUCAAACUCUACUCAUCGCACGUAAUCAUUCUUGCGCGUGCAAAACAUUCCUAAAACUAAAUUUGCAAAUAUCGUCCCGAUUUCGAGAUGUUUUGACUAAAAAAAAUAAUGUUGUACAAAUUCAAAGCAUAUAAUAUCUUCUGGCUCCAAGUUGUACAUUUACGUCUGCAUUGGCAUAUGCAAUUCAACGGGGAAAACUUACCUUUGUUGGUGCCGUGUAAUGUAAUAAGUAAAUAAGUAAUUAAUACUGCCAAUAGCAAAGACGAUAAAACCGAGAUAUUGCAGCUAUAUAUAUACAGUUAAGUAUGUUACUUUCAAAAAGUUUUUAUCUUAGUAAAAGUAGAUUAAACUUAUUUUAAGCAUUUUAAAAAUUUAUUUUAACUAUUCCCAGUAUAUAGGAAAGAAAAAUGUAUUUUUCGGCGAGUUACAAGGAAAAAUUGAGAAUUAUUGCUUUAAGUAUUUAAUUCCAACUUAUGGUUUAGUCCUCUAAAACUUGUUUGAAGAUAUAUAUAUCCUUAUUAUAGAAUUUUACAUAUAUAUGAUAUACAAAACUCGUCAUACAUAGAAGAUAUAGCAAUAUAGAUAUAUACAAUGGAAUAUAUAAUGUAUACAAUUGAUACAGACAUAAGUAAUAUAUAACGAUUAUAUUUAUUUGAUCACUACACGUAUCUGAAGAGUAAUGCUCUUAUCACAUAUUUUCUUUAAUAUAUUAGAAAUUAUGACCUUUAUUCUAAGCUCUCUUUUUUAUCGACAAAAGCGCUUUUCUAAGUAUGGUAUAUAAGCCUUUUUAUUGGUUUUCAGUCACAUUUAGAGAAGCAUUUCUAUUGAUAAAAAAGAAGUAUUUCUAUCAAUAAAAGAGAGAAUUCAGAAUAAGGACUUAUGUAUCUAUAAUCGUCAUAAAAUAAGAUCUUUGAUCAAAGAUUAUAACAUAGGUAGCGUGCAACAUAAACAUCCAACACUUCUUUGUCAGCAUAUAAGAGUUUUUAAUGCUGUGACAAAUAAUUUUUUAUCAAAUUUAUAACAUCACUACAAUUGUAAACCCUAAACGCUGAAUAAUAUAAACAUUACUGGUUAUUGCAAGAUAUCAAACAGCAAAUCGCAUAUUUACAUAUCCUUUUUCUAUUUAUAUUUUUAUAUCAGUUUUAUAUACAUUUUUUUGUUUAUUUAACAUUAUAAAGCUUUAUACUGUUUGAAGUAGGCAUUCUAGUGAAAAAUCGAAUCCAUAGCUGUUAAUGUAUAUGAUAAAUUAAGCGAAUAAAUGUAUAUGAUAAAUUAAGCGAAUAAAAUUUUAUAAUGUAAGUAAAAAAUUGUAUAAUGUAAACUAGUCUAUAUCUAACCAGCGCGCAAUUCUGCUUGUACAUUUAAAGAGAUUGUAUAAGAAAUAUGAUUGUGAUAUACCUAUAAUCUGAUUGAAAGUUAAUAUUUUGUGAAUCCAUCUGUACAUAGAUUUUUAAGAAAAAUAGGUUUCUGCUGUAUAUCAUGCACAUUAUGUCAUGGCCUUUUUAUGUACAGUUUUCUAAUGUAAGAUUCUAAUGUGUAUGCAGUUAAAUAUAAUUUCGCAUAUUUGAAAAUAUGAAAAAAAAUAAAUGUAUAAGGUAUAAUUAAUA